CGGAUCAGAGCCCUGAAUGAGUGACUAGACGGAGGGUGUGACUGGUGGGAUCUGGGGGAAGCCUUACGCGGUUGCAAUACAUGAGUGAAAUUGACUGACUCACCGCGUUUUGAAAGCUGACAUCACGGGGAGACGCCUCAGAAGAGAGAACUUUGAAAAACCACACACACACAAUCUGUAGAAGCCCACUAGCACAGCGUGAGCUCGGAGCUGGAGACUUUCCCUUCCAUCGUCAAACACUUGUAGUUUGAAGAAGUUUUGUCUGAGACACGUACAAACAGACCUUUAAUCGUGAUGCUUGUGCUUCUGGGAUUCAUUCUUGUCUUUCACAUAGCCACAGCUGCCCUGCUGUUCAUUGCCACGAUAGAUAAUGCCUGGUGGAAAAAUGACAUUUUCAGCACUGAUAUAUGGAUGACUUGCCCUAACAACGGAUCUCAAUGUGAUAACAGCUUUGUUGAGAAUUAUGGAGACUGUAUCAAGGCAAUACAGGCAACAAUGUGUCUGUCGGUGAUCUUUUGCUGCAUUUCCUUCAUUGUAUUUGUUGUUCAACUGUUCCGACUACAGAAGGGUCAGAGAUUUUACAUUGCUGGAACCCUGCAACUGCUUUCUAGUCUCUGUGUAAUGAUUGCAGCCUCAAUUUAUACAAACCAGCAAGAAAACUUCCAUGAUCCUUUGCUCGUAGCUACAGGAAAUUACGGAUACUCUUACAUUCUUGCUUGGAUUGCUUUUGCAUUCACUCUGAUCAGCGGUGUGAUGUAUAUUGUUUUACGGAAACGUAAAUAAGAGGUUUACCUAGGUCUAAAUCCUCCUGUAUGCAUCACUACAGAAAAAAGCAAUGGUUUUGGGAUGAUGGCAUCAAUCCCUUGCAAACAAAGCCCAUCUCUCCAGUGACUGUCAGAUUAAGGAAAACGGAAAUAAUAGUUAAUUACACACUGUUUUGAAUCCUUUAUUAAAUUGCAAAUUCUCAAAACCUGUUUGCUUCAGUAUUUCCAAAAAUCAAAAUCCACAUUUGUCAACAAGGUACAGCUGCAAGAUUAUUUUUGUCAGUGAUGAGCACUUUUUUAUAUUAUUAACCUACAUUCAUUCAUCUGGUCUGUUCAUGUUCACAGAGCAGCUGGUUUAAGCACUUCAGUCUCUAAAAACUAUGCUGCUUUUUAAACUGGUGAUUUUUAAAAAAAACUGUCUUGAAUUAAGCCUUUCCCAAAGUCAGCCUAUUUUUAGUCUGUGAUCACAUUUAGUUCUCAAAUGUGACUUUUUUUCAUAAAUUCUUUAAAGCUACAUGUCAUUAAAAUCACUUGGGUUAAAUUAUCCUGAAAUGUGUCACCAAGACUUAAUACAAUCCUUUUCAGAGAGGUACAUAAUUGCAAGUUUAUAUACCUGAGAACUGUACCAUAUGGUAUUCACAGGGACAGUACAUUUUUGUCGAUGUUGCAUUAAAUGUGUAAAAAUGUAGCAGUUUUUUAAAAAAAAAUUCAAAAGAAACAUCUGAAAUUUUGUACAGUUAGUGAAUUGUGUGGAUUUGGUUUUUAAAAACAAACAAAACAGAAUUUUGAAAAGUACAAUUUUUAAAGAAGGUACCACUUUUUAAAAUUUUAUUUGUUCAUUCUUGGAAACUCAUCAAUAGUACAGUGCCACACCCACACUUGUCAGGAGCAGCAUAUUUACCAUAUCAUUGAACAGGAUCUAAUAACGUGCCCACGUUGGUUAGUGACAUUGAGUAUUGAAUUUAAAAAAAAUACAGCAAGUACAAUAAAAUAUGAUCAAUUUUUGAUUAGCUGCAAAUCAUUCAGAUUUUAACUAGUUAAUGAUUUUCUUACAAUCAAAAGUGAAACCAUUAGCCCCCAAGAACAAUUGAAUUUGCCUUUUUGCUCUUUUAAACAUUUAAAAUCUAAAACAAAUGCUUAGCAGUCUGCAAUGUUGAAGACCAAAUAAAAUUGAUGUCUAGGUCUGUUUGUAGUCCUUAUUCAUUAGCAUAAUACAAACAAUCUGCUGAAAUGUAAAUCGCUGCAAACAGAUAUUUGCUAUUCAGAAUACUACAUUCUAAAACAGAGCAAUUAAUAAAAGUUGUUUUCAGAUCAAACUUUUGGCUUUGAUACAAAUAGGUGCCUUUUCUUGCUGCCAGUAAAGCAACCACAAUUGGAAAUUUUUUUUAGCCUUUCUGAGAUUCAUGGCACCAGACUAAUUAAGAAAAGCUUUACAUUCCUGAUGUGCAGAUGUGAUAGAUAAUCAGAGUCUAUUUUGAGCUUGAGAUGAAACUUUUUAAAAUUUAAUUUUAAUGUAAUAACCUACUGAAAAAUGUCUCCAGCAUCACAUGAUACUGUUACAGAUUUUCUGCCACUGAAAUAAUCUUUUGCAUUCUACACCUCAGUAACCAGGCUACUGUAAAAGCCAUGGACUCCUAUGGCACAGUGAUAGUGUCCCUGCCUCUAUGCCAGAAUAUUCAGAUUCAAGUCCUACCUACCUGAAGGUGUGUCACUGUACUGGAGCACAUUGAUUUAAAAUAACCACUUCAGCCCAUCAAUGCAAAUGAAGUACUUAAAACAGAACUAGGCUCCGCCAUCAUGAUUUUUCCUUACUUUAAAACUAAAGCUAAAAGAGAUUUCCAGAAACUGAAUGAUAUACUCUUGACAUGAGAAAAACGUGAAGAAAGUUAGGGGAAACAGAAAAUACUGCUGUUGAGAAAUACUUGAAUUCAGCAUUGGAGUUCGUCAAGUUAGUGUUAUUUGCUUUUGUACCCUGACUAUCAGAAGAACAUUUAGAUUAUAAAGGUUCUCAAAUGUAAAUGAUAGAACUAGUUUCACCAUUUGAGUAGUCACAAGAUGUUGACCUCUUAACCCUGUACCUAACUGUAAAUUGGAGAGCAAGCAUCGACAUAAUUGAAAAUAACUAUUGCACUGAAACUUAGCGAUCGACCUCCUGACAAAGGAGUGUUUCAUCUUCAUCUCUGAAAAAGAUUUCUAGCCCAGAAGUGAAUUUUACUUCCAGAUAACAAAUAUUAAAAUUUUAAAAAUAAAUCCUAAUAGCUCACAUGUAGGAAAUGCCACUACAGGUUCAGCAUUAAGAACUGUGACUACCAUUGCAAUGCUGGAAAAUGGGGUUGGAACAUAGGCUCGUGACUUCUCGUGGCAGCAGGAUGGUACUGUCAAAUGGCUUGUUAAUGUUUUAAAUGUUAAUGUUUAAGGUUUUUCCCUUUUUUUUUCCCUUAAAUCCUAGUGCCUAGUGAAUUUUUUUAUAUUGUUUUGCAAGUAUAGCUUUAUUGAUAACUGCAGCGAGCAACUUUCUUCCAUUAUGAAAUGUUGGGUGGGGGGGGUUGGUACAUAUUUUUCAGUGGUCCAUGGAUACAAGGUAAUUGAUAAAUUGUUUACUGUUGUACAGUUACAUAAGGUUGGGGAAGGGCAUCACCGGUUUUCACAAAUGAGAAUCAAACCUUAAUUCUUGCCCUACAAGUAGAUUCCAUUCCACAAGCAAUGAAAUAAAAGUACAAGUGUUAACUUGCUAAUCGUUUUGUUACUUUGUUUUUUGAAAAUUAAGCCACUCCAAACAGAAUUUAAAAGUUUUACUUGUAACCAAAGAAAGAUAAUAUGCCCACUGGUUGUGAAGUUAGCAUUUUCUGUAUUAUUGUAUCUUAAGGUUUUGUUUUUAUAACCAAUAUGUAUUUAUUGCAUGCCAACUCAUUGUUAAUGCUUUUACUCUCAUAGUAUUGUACACAGUUAAACAAAUUACAACUCAAGCGCCCAGUAGAAAUUUGCAUUUUAAAGUAUUCAUUCAUUGGAUAGCUAAUGUAUAAUAAGUAUAGUUUAUCUAAUACAUUGACAUAUAGGAUGUUCUCCUUUUCCUGCCUAAAUUAUCAGCCACAGAUAGGGAUCAAAACUUUUGGAUUAGAGAAGGUGAGACACUUUUUCUAAAUAGAUUUGUGCAUAUGUAAGUCAUGUUGGUUUGUGAAGCUUUUAAACAAGGAACACAACAUUGUGCACUUUGAGUUUUAACAUUUUGCCAUUACUCAAUUCAAAAUAAUUUCUGCCAUUUAGCGAUAACGAGUUAUUGUUCUAUGUUUGCCCCACAUUUUUGAUUUGUACCCACAUCCAUAAAUAGUUUAACAGUGGGCUUAUGAUUUGAAAUUAAAUCUAAUUUCUGAAAAUGGCAGGCAUUUGUUUUAUUUCUAUUGUACCAAAGAUUCCAGUAUAAAGACCAGCUGAAAUAGUGAUCUAAUCUAGAGACCACCAGUGCAACUGUCCUUAGUAAAUGUACAGUUAUCCAGGAUCCUACUACUUGUAUGCUAAAGAAAUCCAAGCUCCUAUUCAAAACUCUGGGGAUUUCUUCUUUUGGAUGCAGUCUGCAGUAUUGCUUAGUAUUUGGUCUUUUUAAAGACAUUUAGAAAAUAUUGCAAACUCUUCCCUGAUUGACGUACACCUGUCUUAUUGGAAGCGAAGCCCCUUAACACUACUUAGACUUUUUUUUUCCUCCUGGCAAUUUUUUUGUUUUGAUCUCAUGAAUCAACAUCUUUUUAACAAAGGCUGUGUUUGUAAUGAAAGCUAAAAUAAAUGAUUUAAUUCUGUAUUUUUUAUGUAAUAAAAUAUCCACCUAGUAAAUCA